AUGGGUGGAAACAAGUCGAGGUCUAGGCCUCCACCAGGCUCUAAUGCUGAAAUCAAACCAGCCAACAAGAUGAGGCGUCAAUCGCUGCAUAUCAAGCGCAAGCGCGACAAAGACUCGUCGCGGCGAGCAGUGCGGUUUGGACAGAAAAAGGAAGAAUCCAAGAAUCCUAAACUCAAGGCGGAUCGUUUGAAACGGAAUGUUCCCCUGACUCUGGACCGGAAGCGAGUGUGGGAUGAGGCCGAUAGCGACGCUGAGGGUGAUGGGCUGGGACUGAGUGUCGAUGUGGAGCGCAUCAAGAGGCAGAAGCAAGAAGAGGAGGAGGAGCUCAACCGACCUUUGAAGGACGGUUCCGAAGAUGAAGAUGAAGAGGCAGAUGACCAGGAUGAGGUGGACAGCAUGAUCGCCAGCAGUGAUGAUGAAGACGAGGACGAGGACGACGAGGACAAGCAAGACAACGAUCGAGGACGCAAGAAAUCGGCCCUUCCAUCGGCCACAGAGCGAGCCACGAGUCCCUCACAGUCAACAAAAAGUACAAACUUAAACCUGGCCCCUGAGGCGCUGGCAGCCAAAUUUCCCUCGCUUUUCACAGAAAACCCUCCUACGCCCAAGAUUCUCAUCACCACCUCGCUCAACUCUACCCUCCACGAUCAAGCCCAGGUCCUCACCAAUUUCUUCCCCAACAGUGUAUACAUCCGUCGCACAGCUCACCGCUACGCCCACAAGUUCUCUCUCCGAGAGAUUUCUUCUUUUGCCGCCAACCGGAACUACACCACUUUGGUGGUCUUGAAUGAAGACCAAAAACGUCCGACGGGAUUGACCAUUAUCCACUUGCCUACCGGCCCUACUUUUCAAUUCUCUAUCAGCAACUGGGUCGAGGGCAAGAGAUUGCCGGGCCAUGGUAAUCCAACAGAUCACUGGCCUGAGUUGAUUCUCAACAACUUCCGCACACCACUGGGUCUCCUCACCGCGCACCUUUUCCGCUCUCUUUUCCCUCCACAGCCAGAUAUCGAAGGACGCCAGGUUGUCACGCUUCACAACCAGCGUGAUUACAUCUUUGUACGCAGACAUCGGUAUGUGUUCCGCGAGAAGCGAGAGACAGAGAAGAGUGUUGUCGGAGCAGAUGGAAAGGAGAUGAAGGGCGCUGAAGGUAUCCGGGCUGGUCUUCAGGAGCUGGGCCCGAGGUUCACACUGAAACUGCGUCGGGUCGACAAGGGAAUCCAGAGAGCGAGUGGACAGGAAUGGGAAUGGAAGGGAGGAAUGGAGAAGAAGAGAACAUUGUUCCAGCUCUAA